GGCGGGGCCCGAGCGCUCCCCGGGCGGGCGAGGCGAGGCCCCGCCGGCCACCGCCUUCCGCUUCGCAGCUUCCUGUGCGUGCGGAAACAUGGGGACACCGCAAAAGGAUGUUAUCAUAAAACCUGAUGCCCCAAGCACAUUACUUUCAGAAAAACAUGCAGACUAUAUCGCUUCAUAUGGAACAAAGAAAGAUGACUAUGAAUACUGUAUGUCAGAGUAUUUGAGGAUGAGUGGUGUGUACUGGGGACUGACAGCAAUGGAUCUCAUGGGGCAGCUGCACCGAAUGAACAAAGAAGAAAUUUUGUCAUUCAUCAAAUCAUGUCAACAUGAAUGUGGUGGAAUAAGUGCCAGCAUAGGUCAUGAUCCUCAUCUUCUGUAUACGCUCAGUGCUGUCCAGAUUCUUACCUUAUAUGAUAGUCUCCAUGUAGUUGAUGUAAAUAAAAUCAUUGAAUAUAUACAGAGCUUGCAGAAGGAAGAUGGAUCGUUUGCUGGAGACGAAUGGGGAGAAAUAGAUACAAGAUUCUCUUUCUGUGCUGCAGCAACUCUUGCACUUCUGGGAAAGCUGGAUGCUAUUGAUGUGGGAAAAGCAGUAGAAUUUGUUUUGUCCUGUAUGAACUUUGAUGGAGGAUUUGGUUGUAGACCAGGUUCCGAAUCACAUGCAGGACAGAUCUAUUGUUGCACAGGAUUUCUGGCUAUUACAGACCAGUUGCAUCAAGUAAAUGUUGAUUUGCUGGGCUGGUGGCUUUGUGAACGUCAGUUACCUUCCGGAGGUCUCAACGGACGACCAGAGAAGUUACCUGAUGUAUGUUAUUCGUGGUGGGUGCUAGCUUCUUUGAAGAUGAUUGGUAGGAUACAGUGGAUUGACAGAGAGAAACUGCGCUGCUUUAUUUUGGCUUGCCAGGAUGAGGAGACUGGAGGAUUUGCUGAUCGACCUGGAGAUAUGGUGGAUCCAUUUCACACCUUAUUUGGCAUUGCUGGACUAUCUUUAUUAGGAGAAGAACAAAUUAAGGCCGUUAAUCCUGUCUUUUGUAUGCCAGAAGACGUCCUUCGAAGAAUAAAUGUGCAGCCUGAGCUUGUAAGCUAAGCCUUGUAGAGACAAAAGGUUUAUAUGACCAAUUACUUUGUUUUACUUAUCUCAUCUGUGAAACUGUCAGCAUAUUCUUUUGGAUGUGUUUAUGUUCUGGAACUGAAGCAAUAGCUUUGCUGUGGACUUUGUCACUUUAUAAAUUGUAUCAGAACAGGCUGGUUCUCAUAAUCUGAGUGUAACAUGUUCCUUGGUUGUAUUCUAAGAUGUGUAGGAACAUUUCAAUUCUGUAUCUAAAUGUAUGGGCCUUGGCUUUUUUUUUUUUUAUAUCAUAUUCAAAUCAAAGCUUGACUAUGUGAAUGCUUAGCUUUCCUAUCCCUGUAAUAUCAACCAUGCCAGUACUGGUCUUCAUACAGGCCUCUUUCGAUGGUGGAUUGUGCAAAGCUCUUGAAAAAAGACCCAAACCAAAACAACAACAACAAACCCGAACAAACAAAUAAAAAACACAGUAAGAUCCUACCUAAGCCAUGCACUUAAUACCACACACAUAUUUAAUUUUUCCUGUUCAUGUUUGGCAUCAGUUUUCUACACUGAGAAGCAGCUGCUUGUUCUCACAGUAAUUGAUACCAGUGAAGCCAUGAUUAUGGUCCUUUUAAAUAUAUAUGUCUUCAUUUAUUGAUGAGUCCCUUAGACGGAAUUCCGUUAAUGCUUGAAAUACAGCAUACCUUGAGUACGUACAGUGAAUCUUGCUAACAUAAAACAUUCUAGAGAAGGUCUCCGUUGGACAGUGACUCGUAAUUGAACAUAGAGUUGAUUCUAAAUUUGUUGCUGGGCUGAAAUCCUGCUUUUGUAGUUUUCAAGACACUAAUUGUCAAUACUUGAUUAUGAUUGUGGUGUAAUUGAAAAUAAAACUGGCUGUGGAAAAUA